ACAUUAACAUACAUAAGCUGUGAUGAAACAAACUCAUUCUCUCUCUCCACACCAGCGAUAUGGGGAACGUUAGUUGAGAGAAUGGAUUUGCUCUACGUUUCUGGACGUCAUCUAGAGCUAAGCGAGGAGACUCGCGCGGAAAUUUGUGGAUUCAUCAUGAUGACUACAGCAGCAAUGAACUAUCUGUCAAAAUUUUCAUACAAUAAAUUCCAGGCAGUAAGAUCAAAGCGUCAAGAACGAUUGGUGGAAUUUCUAAAGCAAGGAGUAGAAAUCUGGAUGCUGUCAAGUCAAUCUGGUACAUCUAUAGGUUCGUUAGAAUGGAUAAAAGGCACUCUCUUGUUGAAUUGCGAAGAAACCGUAUUUAGUUUUCAAUAUAAAUCGUUUGGAUUUCACAAAAUGCGAAAUAUUGCAAUGAGAGAUUUGACAAACAUCAUUCCUGGAAGGCAUGUUCAUGUAAUUCAGAAACACCAUGGAAAAAAAUCAUACGUUGAUUUGCUGACAUGUAUGCUGACCAAAAAAGGCCGGCUUCAGACGUUCCGAUCCAUGGACUGGCAGCGCCUCAAACUACUAGUGGAUUGUUUAGAAGCACUUUUUGGGAUACCGUUCAUGCACUGAUGGGUAAUGGUUACACAGUCACUUUAUGGACAAUAUUUAAUCAUAUUACAAUUAUCACAAUUAUUAUCAUACCUAUAGAAUGCAUAUAUAGUGGGUUUAAGACUUAGGUGGAUUUUAAUGGUAG